AUUUUCGACAAUGUGUUCCGCCAUUUUGCUUGAUAGAGGAGUGAACGUAAAAUAAAUUCCAUGUAUUUUAACGUGGAUAGAGACUAUUUAUAAUAAAAAUUAGUGUUCACACACACUAAUGGCUUGCUUAAAUACCCUUAAGUUAGAAAUUAAAACAUUAGAACAAGUGUUUCCAAAAAACCAUGAACGUUUUCAGAUAAUGUCAGCUAGUGUCGACGAACUGACCUGCAGGUUCGUUGGCAAAAAUGGAAAGAAAUAUGAAAUACACGCAAACAUAACUGAAACAUACCCCACCACACCACCAGUCUGGUUUGCAGAAAGUGAGGAUCCAAUUGUGACAAAUGCUGUUCAGAUACUCACUAACACUCAAGGACGAGACAAUCAUGUAAUAAACCAGGUUGGGAUAUUGCUGCGAGAGCUAUGCAAACUACAUGGAGUACCAGAACCCCCAGACUUAGAUUCAUUAUCCUUGCCAGUACAUCCAGCGCCCCCUCAACACAGAGUACCAAGUGUCACAUCAAAUGGUGCUGAAUCUGGUACAGAGGAAGAUGAGGAAAUGGCAGCUGAGGAAGAUGACUCUGAAGGAGAAGAUGACUUGCCACUUGAGAUGGUUGAAGAUGCUGGCCGUAGCAACAAGGAUGACAUGGAAACUGAACAUUUAGCGACACUAGAGCGACUGAGACAGAACCAAAGGCAGGACUAUCUAUCCGGCAGUGUGUCUGGCAGUCUCCAAGCCACGGACAGACUCAUGAAGGAGCUCCGGGACAUAUACCGUUCACACUCUUUCAAGAAUAAUAUGUAUUCCAUUGAAUUAGUAAACGACUCACUAUAUGAAUGGAACAUCAGACUGCGCUCUGUGGAUCCUGACAGUCCACUACACAACGACCUCCUCCUGCUGAAAGAAAAGGAGGGAAAAGACUCUAUUCUUCUCAACAUUAUAUUCAAGGAAACUUAUCCAUUCGAGCCGCCUUUUGUGCGUGUUGUUUAUCCUAUAAUCUCAGGAGGCUAUGUAUUAGUCGGAGGUGCGAUAUGUAUGGAGCUAUUAACGAAGCAAGGCUGGUCAUCCGCGUACACUGUGGAAGCGGUGAUCAUGCAGAUAGCCGCCACCCUGGUGAAGGGCAAGGCUCGGAUCCAGUUCAGUGCCACCAAAGUUGUUUCACAGACUCAGUACAGUCUGGCCCGUGCACAGCAGAGCUUCAAAUGUCUUGUUCAGAUACAUGAGAAAAAUGGCUGGUUCACACCUCCGAAAGAGGAUGGGUAAUUGGAACUGCGGAGCGCUGUGUAACGAUUUGUUACGCCCAACGUAACUACCAUGUUAAUAUGAGUGAUAGCUGACUGCGCGUCAACAUUUCCAUAACGUUUGUCUGUCUGUAUGCGCGACUCGUUUUUAUGUAUGUGCUGAAUAUGAAUGGACGUUUUGCGAGUAUUGUACGUGUAUUAUUGUAAGUGGUAAUGUUCUGAAUCAAGUGCGGGGCGUUAACGAAAGACUAUACAAGACUUAUAGGAAGAAAAAUUAAAGUUUACUGUGUAACGUUUUUUGUAAUCAUUAAUUUCUCAUUGAACGUUAACCGUAUGGUAGCCCUAGAAGUUACUGGAGUGUAAAGUUGAUAAGAUCUUUGCAUUUCUUUAGUUAUUAUUGAAAUAAAUGAAAAAAAACCUGUGAUUCUUUAUA